CUUUCCUACAAUAGAUUUCUCUAUCACCAAAAUUGCAGCUUUUGGCGCCUUUCACACGCCCCGAAACCGCAACCACAACCCGCGACAACACCAACCGAUCGUCCAACUCCACCUUUCCCCGCGCCAAGCCCAUCAUUUCGUGAUGAGAUGGGUUGCGACUCACAUGGCGUCAUCUGGUCGCAAUAUUGUGAGAACCGACCGACGGCAGCUCGAGUCCCAAAAAGCGACUUCGCACACAAGAUGAUGAUCGGAACAAAUUCAGAAGUGGUGUGGUGUAACUACAAGACGCCGGCUAUGUGUACGCCAGUUGAGCGGAGAUGGAGAAUAUCGAGCCUCACCCUUUUAGCCAAGACCCUUUCCCUUUUCAAGCAGAUGUUUUUAGCCCCUGAGCGGCACUUCUCAAAGGACAAAGAUCAUGAAACAUAUUGAGUUCAGCUUCCCAAGACAAAGCAUAUAGGUACUCAUGCCAAGUACGCCCAAACAGACAUCAUGGUCGACGCCAGCACACUCAACAGCGACCCUCACAGGCUCCUCUUUGCCUACUGGGUCCCCAACGUCUCUGGCGGUCUCGUAGUCUCCAAGAUCCCCCAGAACACCGGCUGGGACCUCAAGUCCAACGUCCGCUAUGCCCGUACCGCCGAAUCCGUUGGCUUCGAGUACGCUCUCACUCAGAUCCGCUUCACUGCCUCGUACAGUGCCGCGUCCCAGCACGAGUCUGUCUCGUUCUCACAGGCUCUCCUUCACCACACCGAGAAGCUCAAGGUCAUUGCCGCUAUCCUUCCGGGUCCCUGGAAUCCUGCUGUCGUGGCCAAGCAAGUGGCUAGCAUUGACAACUACACCGAUGGACGUAUUGCUGUGAACAUUGUUUCGGGAUGGAAUAAGAGCGAAUUCCAUGCUAUCGGUGAAUGGUGGCUCGACCACGCCGAGCGCUACCGCCGCUCCUACGAGUUCAUGAAGUGUCUGCGUGGCAUCUGGACUGCCCCGGAAGACGAGGGCUUCACCUUCGCCGGCGACUUCUAUCGGUUCCGCAACUACAAGCUCAGCCCCAAACCCAUCGCCAGCCCGCACCCGGAGAUCUUUCAGGGCGGCAACUCGGACGAUGCCAAAAACAAUGGCGCCGAGGUUUCCGACUGGUACUUUAUGAACGGCAUGGACCUUGAGGGUUUCCAGACGCAGAUCGCAGACGUAAAGAAGCGCGCCAAGAAGUUCGGCCGCGAGAAUGUUGUCAAGUUCGCCGUCAACGCCUUCGUCAUUGUCCGCGACACCGAGGAGGAGGCCAUCCGCACUCUUCAAGAAAUUCAGGGCAAAGCCGACGUCGAGGCUGUGGAGGCCUUCAAGAAGGAGGUCCAGAACGCGGGAGCCAGCUCGAGCAACAAGCAGGGCAUGUGGGCGACUAGCACGUUCAACGACCUGGUGCAGUACAAUGAUGGGUUCAAGACUAAGCUGAUCGGCACCAAGGAGCAGGUGGCUGAGCGGAUUGUUUUGCUCAAGAGCUUGGGCGUCAACCUGGUGUUGACUGGCUUCCUUGACUAUGAGGAGGAGGUCGAGGCGUUUGGCAAAAAUGUUAUACCCCUUGUGAGAGAGCUUGAGAAGCAAGGGAGGGGAAAGGACGAAGUGUUUGAGAUUGAGAGGACUGGCGAUGUUUAUAGGAAGUAAAGAGAGGAGGGAUAUGGUCGGACCAUCAAGGGACCACGUCGUGCCACAACGGUGAUCCCGCCUCUUUGCAUGACAAGAAUUAAAGGAAAGGGACAAAAACUGCGAUUCAGCACUGUGCAAGUGCAAAAUGGGAUGGAGUUGAAAAGCGCCAGAGCAUGCAAGAAAACAUGCAGGUUCAAUAGGUGGGCAGUGACGGGAGGUACAGUCAUCUUAUCGAUAAAGAAAUAUUUAUCGAUAAGGUACGUAUGGGGUAAUUGAUGUAAAGGAGGCGGCGCACCUUGGGAUUUCCCCUUUUCUUCCUUGGACCAUUCAAUUCAUCAAUCCCUUGCAUUCGUUCUCAUCCACUCUU